AUGGCCAUGACGCCGUUCCAGCUCGAGGCGUGGGUCGAGUUCGCUAUCGGCGUCGUUAUUCUCUUCUCGCGUAUCGCGUACCGGACCAAGCUGGUGGGACGCAACUGGGCGGGCGACGACUACUUUGCCGCCGCCGCGGUGGUGUUUCUGGCGGGCGAGACGGCGAUGCUGCACGUAAUAGUCGGCAUGACAGACGAGAAAGCCCUGCAGCUCACGGAGCAGGAAAAGGCAACCAUCGUCAAGGGCGCCAAGGCAGACAUUGCGGGCUGGUGCCUCUACAUUACCCUAAUAUGGUGCUUGAAGGCGUGCAUGCUCUUCUUCUACCGCCGACUUACCCUCGAUACCUUUCAGAAGCGCCUCGUCUUGUUCGCCGGCAUCGCAUGGAUAUGCUCCUACAUCGCCACCAUCGGCGUCGUCCUGCUGCGAUGCCUCCCCUUCCACCGCAACUGGCAGGUCUACCCCUACCCAGGCGACGAGUGCGGCACGCCCAACCAAAUCUUCCUGACCCUCGUCAUCACCAACGUCUCGACCGACCUGCUCAUCCUCUACAUCCCCCUGCCUCUACUCUGGGUCGUCAAGAUUCCCCUUGGGAAAAAAAUCAUCUACUGCCUCUGGCUCACCACCGGCGUCUUCGUCAUCGUCGCCAGCCUCCUCCGCUGCGUCCUCUCCAUCCGCUACGCCAACGAGGUCGACGUCUCCACCAUCUGGGCCAUCCGCGAGACCUUUGUCGGCAUCAUCUGCGUCAACGCCCCCAUCCUCGGGCCCUGGCUCGUCAAGAAGGGCAGCCUCUGGGCCCGCAGCGUCUCCUCCUCCCGCCAGAGCUCCAAGAACAGCGACCGCAACGGCGGUGCCGGCCUGCCGACGAUCAUCACCAUCGGCCAGCGCAGCAUGCGCCUCGGACGGCUAAAAAAGGACGGCAAGGCGGACGGCCGCGCGGGCGCGACGACGGGCUGGACGACGAUCAACGACAGCGACGAGUGUGUGGUCGUCGUCGAGCAGCACAGCGACGGCGGGCCGAGCGCAGAACCGGCCAAGGGCGGUGGGAAGAAGACGGACCAGCCGGCCGUGACCUCGAUGGCGGCAUCCUCGUCGACGGCGGUCAACGACAUGGUAUAG